AUGAAAGAGCUUCCUCUGGGAGAGUCCCUGGCGACUUCUCAUUCCUCCAACCACACGUAUCUUCCUGUUGAGUUUCCGGAUAAGUUUGGCGGCUCACCUCAAGAGGGCCUGGAGAUCCACCUUUCUGCCUCUACUCUAAAGGUGUACGUGGCUGUGAUUGCAGCAAACCACAACACCAUAGAGGGAAAAUCAGUAGGAAAGCACAACCUUGUCAUUAGGUUCCUAAGAGUGGUCUUACAGGCCCUUCAGAGAGAGCCAUUUGAGCCUUUACAGUCAGUUACAGUUGAGCUUAUUGCCCCCUCUAUGAAGAUGGCCAUCCUGACUGCACCCACCUCUGUCAAGAGGGUGGGGGACCUUCAAGCCUUCUCCAUUAACAAAACAUGUCUAGAGUUCAGACCGACAGACUCUUGCUCUCAUUCUUUAUGGUGGCUUAUAACUUACAUUAAAGGACAAACACCAUUUCCUGAAUUUAGCUAUGUAGCCAUGUUGGAUGAUGUCAGAGUUCUGUACUAUAACGGUGAGACGAAGACUCUCAUUCCCAGAGGAAAUACUACAACUGAAGAUGAUGUGUUUGAUUCAAAUGUUCUUCUCACAAUAAGUGACUACAUGAAAAUAUCUUUUAUGGAAAAAUGGGUUGUAGCAAAAAAAAAUAUAAAUAAAACUAAUGGUGCUCUUGCUCUUCAGAGGCUGGUUGUGUGUGAACUGAGAGAUAAUGGUGAACCGGGGCGAAUGAUCACACGGGAUGCUUUCAGAGGCUCCACCACUGAUGAGUUACUAUAUGUUGACAAGAACUUCACAUACCAGGGUACGUUAAAUGUCUCGGCCCAAGUGUUGAAAAUCCAUCUUGAAAUCAGCAUGAGGCGUCAUGAACAUUUAUACCAACCAUUCUGCAUCAAAACACUCAAGGGUUACCUUGAAAAAAGGAGAAAUCAAGUCAAUAGAAAAGUGAAACCCAGAGUCAGAUUCAUUCAGAAAGCAAACAUAAAUUCCAGAUGGUUUCGUGUGAGUUGUUUGGCAACAGGAUUUUACCCUCGUCACAUCAACCUGACCCUGUUCAGAGAUGGACAGCCUGUAUCUGAUCAGGAGAUCACUGGAGGAGAUCUGCUGCCCAAUGGUGACGGGACGUACCAGAUGAGGAAGAGUCUGGAGAUCAGUGCAGAUGAACACAAAUACACCUGCUCUGCCACACACCUCAGUCUGGACAACAAACUGGACAUCACUUUGGAAUUUGAUCCUGGUGAACCAUUUAAAUCAGUGAUUCCCUCAGUGCUGAUAGUUUUGGCUCUGAUGUUGGUGUUUGGAACUGGAGCUGUCUUAUAUAAAUGCAGGAAGAGACGAGCAGCAUCUGAAGAAAUUGUGGAAACAACGUCAACAUCAAACACAACAAGAAGUCACACAAAAGAAACUUCUUUAAAUGAGUAA